AUGAAAGGAAUAUAUUCUUCAAUUGAAUGUGAAAACUUAAUUUUCGAUGUGGAAUUUCAUCCCAAAUUAGAUAUGAUAUGUGCAGGUUUAUUUAAUGGAUAUUUGAUAUUAUAUAAUUUAAAUGAAGAAAAAAAAAAAUUUAAAAAAAAAUGGGACGUACAUAAUCAUGAGAAAGCAGUUAGAUGCGUUUCAUUUUCAAAAAAUGGAAACAAAAUUUUAGCUGCAUCUUCAGAUAAUAAUUGUUCACUAACAGAUAUUACAGGAAAAGUUUUAUGGAAAAAUAAGUGUCAUAAUUAUACAAUGAAUUCAAUUUUAUUUACUAGCCUAAAUACUUUUUUGACAGCCGAUGAAAGAGGAUUUAUAAAACACUGGGAUUUAAGAAAUCAAUCAAAAAAUCCUAUACAUGAGAUAAAGGAAUUUGAUGAUACUAUAUCAAGUAUGUUGCUUGAUCAUGAUGAAAAAUCUAUUGUAGUUACAAGUGGGGGGUUUAUAGCUCUUUUUGAUAUUCUAAAUAAAAAAAAAAUUUCCUCGCAUAGCAUUUCAACAGAAUAUGAUGAUGAAUUUUUAUGUUCAAAACUUAUGGCAUAUAAUUCCAAAAUAGUAUGUACAACAAUAAAUGGCUAUAUUACUAUUUUUUCUAAACAACAUUGGGGAAACAUUGAAGGAAAAUUAAAAGCUAGUAAAGAUAUAAUAAAUACUUUUGUUAAAUUAGAUGAAUAUACCAUUUGUUAUGGAACAUCAGAUGGAAUGAUAAAAGCUGCUCAUCUUUUGCCAAAUAAAAUUGGUGAAAAUAUAGGUAGACAUAAUGGAGACGAAAGCAUUGAAAAAUUGGCUAUUAAUAAAAAGAAAAAUUUAUUAGCAAGUGUAUCACAUGAUUAUUCUAUUAAAUUUUAUCCAAUUGAAAUAAAAAAUUCACAUGUAUCAAAUAAGAUGAAAAAGAGAACAAAAUCUUUUUUUCGUGAUUUAUAA